AUGGAAUCUCAAAAGAUGAGCUUUGAAGCGGGAGAAGCCAAGGGCCAAGCCAAAGAAAAAACGAGCAACCUCAUAGAGAAGGCAAGCGAUACAGCUCAAUCAACCAAAGAGACGGUGCAAGAAGCAGGCCAACAAAUGAUGGCUAAGGCUCAGGGAGCCGUGGAGGCUAUCAAGGACAACACCGGUCUCAACAAAUGA